AAGCCAGCUCCGUACUCUUCCCAGCAGCCGCCAAGCCCGUUUCUCAUCCGAUUUGCGUCGACCUGCCGCUUGCCGUAGCCAAGCCACGCUAGAAGCUACGAACCGAUCCUCGGGACGAGAGAAAAUCUCUCGAUUUCCCGAUGCGUGUAAUUUUGCAUUGCCGUGAAUUUUUACCGUGCGUUUCGAGCCGCUCGUCUCGAGCGCGUGCGCCGCGCCGAGAGAUCGAGGAAUUCGGUGAAGUUUUUCAGUGUGCAUUUUAAGUGCAUGUGUGGAAACGUUGUGCUGGUGUGCCGUUUGGAAUUCCGAUACGUGGACCAUGGAUUUUCUAUUCUAAACACUCCGGGACCUGGGAUUUUAAGGGCUCCAUUUGUUGGACAAGAUUGUACUUGCGCACAGCACCUACCGUGUAUUAGAAGAAUGUAAUGGACUCCGGUGAAAGACGCGCGAUGCAAUCACCAAACAUGCAAGAAACUUGAGCACGAGCACAUCGUUUUGAAAAUCGUCGAGUAUAGUAAUCGAAAUUGUAAAAAAAGUUAGCGUGUCACAAAGUAUUAUUAAGAGAGAGAUAAACAAAAACCAGGAAUACAUGGCGAGCUUGUGAACGAACGGAGGAGAAUGAAUGUUGAUCGAAAAUAUUUUUAACCAAGAGUAAAAGGAUCGUAGAUCGCGUGGAUAGUAAGACAGGAGAAAACCGACGGAAAUUGAAAUCGGUGCGAGCAAAACGAAAUAUUCAAGAUCGCCGUAGAGAAAAACGGCGAGCGUGAAACAUGGAAUUAGAACGAGGAGGAAAGUGAAGGUCUGACCACUCGAGAGGAAAAUGGAAUUCCAUAACUGUGGGUCACUUUGAAUUCUCCUGCGUGGCCGCGCGCGGCUCAUCGUGGAAAACGCGAUUAGAAAAACUCUCUCGCUGGAAAACGAGGUCGCGCGAUUCAAUGGAAUAGCGCGCGCGAUAGAUGUGUAAUAGAGUAAAAGCAGGGGGAAAAAACGCAUCGAAGGAAUCUGGGAUGCACGUGGGAUUGGUCGCUCCUACGCUGCUGCCAGAGACGACGCCUAUGCGCCGGAAAACUUCGCUGAGAGAACGCUCAACGGCUUUAUUUUUCUAGAAGCCAUAGAACUGUGAUAAAUAUACUUCAUAUUGCACGAUUAUAUUUCUCGAACAACGAAAUCCAUUUUAUAUCGAAAAUACUGAUGAAAAAGGAAUAUACAUACGUUAUUUAUAAAGUAUUCAUGGAAAGUACACAAUUUACAAAGUAAGAUAGGAAUUUGCUUAAAGCGGAAAAUGUUGCAAGAAAAUGCGUAUUUUUCUUGACGGACAAUCGAUGGACAUUUUACGAGAAAGAGUUUUCUACGAGAAAGAGAAAAGAAGAAAAAUACUGAAUAGAUAGAUCGACUAGUGAUUAAGGAUUAAAUUUGAACAAAGAAGAUUUAUAUUUUUAAUGAUCUCAUCUUUUUUUUAUAGCAGUGCAAUAUUAAAAGAAUAAUUAGCAACUGUCGUGUAGACAUUGUGAACAUAAGAAGAUAUUAAACGAAUCUUUUUAGAUGGUAGACAUUGAACAGGGGAAAACGUCGGAUUUUGAGGCCGAGCUUUCCCAAUUAGCGAGAAUGGAGAGAAGUGAUAAUAAUGUGGGCGUUGGAAAUUCGGGAAAUCCACCGAAUUCGCCUUCAACGACACACAGCGGUAUUCUUCAUAAUACUUCCGGUGGAACCGAUGCACAGAACGGAGACAGGGCAUGGGAGGUCCACCAUGUCACAGUUACCAGAGUUCCCGGUUAUGGAUUCGGAAUCGCAGUUUCCGGUGGACGGGACAAUCCCCAUUUCACCAACGGCGAUCCGGCCAUAGCGAUCUCCGACGUUUUAAAGGCUGGACCCGCCGAAGGAAAGUUACAAGUAAACGAUCGGAUAAUAUCCGCUAAUGGAAUAUCGUUGGAGGGCGCCGAUUAUGGAGCCGCUAUCCGCGUCCUUAGGGAUUCUGGAUCAACGGUUUUAUUGAUUGUCAAGCGUCGAGCUGCAUCGAAUUCUGCGGGCACAGGAAACUCCACUCUUCAGAGUCACAGAUUGACGCUUACGAGAAAUAAUAAAAAAGACGAUUUUGGAAUUGUCCUCGGUUGCCGGCUCUAUGUGAAGGAAGUAACGCGAGAGAACUCAGGAGUGAAACUAGGAGACGUAUUAACUCGAAUUGGUAGCGUGGCUACAGAUAAUAUGAGCCUCAAAGAAGCCAAAAAAUUAAUGGACCAAUGCAAAGACAGAUUAUCAAUCGUGGUAACCCGAGAUAAUUCUUGCUGUCAUGCCCACCAGCAAGCAAAGACUGAGACCGGAGAAUAUCUCUCGGGAACAACAAGCUAUAGUAGUCAGAACUUGUAUGUUCCACCACCGACAAGGCAACCGAUAGAAGAUAAAAGCAACCUUGUUCCUAGAGGUCGGACAAGAGGACCUCUCAUGGACGUCUCUCUUAGUCAAUUGGAUCUUCCCGCAACGCCUACCGUUGAUCCUCCUAGACCACCGCCUCCUAGACCAGAAGAUUAUUAUGGGACUAGAAGGCAACUCUAUGACGAAGAGUUGUCACGGAAUAAACUUCCAAUGCCUGAUCCCCGAUUCAUUACUUUCCAAAAAGAAGGAUCAGUGGGUGUCCGUCUAAGUGGUGGAAAUGAAACUGGUGUUUUUGUCACUGCAGUUCAAGCAGGGAGUCCAGCAUCUCUUCAGGGUUUGCAACCUGGCGAUAAAAUUCUGAAGAUAAAUGAUAUGGACAUGAAGGGAGUAACAAGGGAAGAAGCUGUUCUUUUUCUGCUCAGUCUGCAAGAACAGAUCGACUUGAUUGUUCAACAUCGACGACAGGAAUACGAUCAAGUAGUAGCUUCAGGAAAAGGCGAUUCUUUUCAUAUAAAAACUCACUUCCAUUAUGAACAACCUCAAAAGGGUGAAAUGAGUUUCCGAAGCGGAGAUGUGUUUCAUGUGGUGGAUACGUUACACAAUGGGGUUGUUGGUUCUUGGCAAGUCUUCCGCAUCGGUAGAAACAAUCAGGAAGUACAGAAAGGAAUUAUCCCGAAUAAAGCUCGAGCCGAAGAACUAGCAACCGCGCAAUUCAACGCGACAAAGAAGGAAAUGAGUGCGAGUGAAAGCAGAGGUAGCUUCUUUAGGAGAAGAAGAAGCAGCCAUAGACGUUCAAAAUCCUUGGGAAGGGAUCACUGGGACGAUGUUGUGUUCUCAGACAGUGUUAGCAAAUUUCCUGCCUACGAAAGGGUUAUUCUAAGGCACCCGGGUUUCGUGAGACCUGUUGUUCUUUUCGGACCAGUUGCAGACUUAGCUAGAGAAAAACUUUUAAAAGAUUUUCCUGAUAAGUUUACAUCGCCACAGAUGGAAAACCAAUUGGAGGACAGCGUUGGUAAAAAUACUAAGUCAUCGGGCAUCAUCCGAUUGAGUGCCAUUAGAGAAGUCAUGGACCGUGGAAAACAUGCUUUACUUGAUAUUACUCCCAACGCAGUGGACCGACUGAACUACGCGCAAUUCUAUCCUAUAGUUAUUUUUCUGAAAGCAGAAACGAAGCAAAUUAUCAAGGAAAUGCGAGCCGGAAUUCCCAAAUCAGCACACAAGAGUAGCAAAAAGCUUUUGGAACAGUGUCAGAAGUUGGAUAAAAUUUGGGGCCAUACGUUCAGCGCCGUAAUCACGUUAACCACCCCAGAGGCUUGGUACCGGAAGUUGAGAGAACUGAUUGACCGACAACAACAAGGAUUACUAUGGAUGAGUCAGACUAAGCCGGAAGAAGCACUCUCGGAUGACUUCCUAUUCCCGAUGACUUCUCGCCUCUCCUAUGCUUCCUCUCCGGAGAGUGACUUGGAACUUAGUCCGGCACCAGCUUUGCCGGGUGCUUUGGGUGCACCCUCUAGAUUGAAGAGCAGCUCUGAUCCAAGUAUUGCCACACAAGAUGAUAUUGCUGCCCCACCACCAUACUCGACCACUUAUCAGCAAUCGUUUGAACAACCAAAAAGAAGAUCACAAGGAGGUAUGGGGGAUGGAAAAUAUGGGUUUUCAUUGUCGGGACAAGUCAGUAAUCAGUCCGGUUCACCUGAAUAUUUCGGUGGCUCAUUCGAACCAAGAUCAUCUCAUCAUAGUCCACCUGAUUUACCACCGCGAGUGGAUCGGAAUGCGAAACCUAGUAGUCAGUCAGGAAGAAAUACUAUCGGUAGAUCUGCGCAAGAAAGAUUACUUAAUAAAACAGAUUCGGUGCUGGAUGUAGCAAAUUAUAUAAAUGCCACACCUCAUAAAGCAAAUGCUACGUCGUCGCUGGAAAGAGCUCAGCCAAAAGCGGGUAGUUACGAUAGUGUGUCUUCUUAUGACUCCUACAACAAUACGAAUGGAAAUGCAAGUUAUGGAACUCCUGGUUUGAAUACGUCCACGAGUCGAUUAGGUCCUAAUGUACCGGAUGAUUUAAAAGGCAGUGGUGCGCCAGCGAGGUCACACGACCCUUACAGAUUCACUAGAUCAACAGCACAACCAAUUCCCAAUCAUGAUCCACAGACACGGACUGACUACGCUAAAUACAGCCGCACAACUGAUUACAAGUCGAUAACGCUACCCCAAAACAAACCUGGAGGAUCGUACAAACCAAUACCACCUCCGAAACCAAAAAACUAUAGACCACCGCAGGCGAAUAUAACGCAGCCGGAAAGUAACGGAAGCGAAGGGAAUAACACAACUCACCAACAUUCAAAAAGCUACUCCAUUGCCACCUCUCACGUAGAAGGUAAUAACAACGUUCAGCGUAACAGUGGUCAGUACUAUUACAAUAUUCCACCUCCAAAUCGUCACGAUUCGAAUCUCACAAAUUCCCAUCACAACUUGAGCCAUUUGUCCACGCCUGCACACAAUCAUAGUUUGAGUCACACGCAUCCACAUUGUAACCCGCCAAUGUCAACUCAUAGUCACAGUAAUAGUGCCAGUCAGUUGAGUCUCGGUCUCUCCCAUAACAGAAACAACGUAAAUCACAAUGGAUAUGUUGUGAACAAUGGUCAUAAUGCGUCCGCGCAAAAUUUUCCAACGAGUCCCGGACAUAACAGAGAACCAAGUGCUUUAGAUCUCGCCGGAAGUAGGGAACAAAGAGGAAGCGCCUUCGAACUUUAUCGCAAACCUAUGCACCAUUAUAACGCAAGUUAACGUGCACAAUAAUUUCAUAGUUUUAUUGUUAAACGAGAAAUGAAAGGAAGAAUUGAUCUUAUCAACUGAAGACAACCGUUGAAGACUAUGGAGAUUUGAAUGAAUAAUUCGUUAUAAAGAUUAAGAAUGAAAACGAAGGAAAAUUUCAGAGCGUGUCCUCUAAUUUAGGAGAGAUCAGAUAAGUAGAAAAUUAAACAUGUUUCAUUUUUUCCACCCUGAGUUUGUACAUACGACUUUAACAAAAACAUAUAACAAAGUCUUGCAAUAACAAUUGUUAAAUAAAAUUUUUUUACUUGAA